AUGCAUGAUUUGCGCUUGGCGCUGCGUGACAGCACCAAAAAACUUGAAGAUGCUGAAAAUACUGCCAAUAAAUUACGUACGGAUUAUGAAAAUCAACUUCGAAAAAAAGAUGAAGUUAUUUCAAUGAAAGAAUCAAUAAUUAAAGAAAAAGAUGCUUAUAUAAAUAAACUUGAACAAGAAAUUUCCAAAUAUGAUCCCACAUAUGUUGCAUCAACUGGUUUAGAUAAUGAGAUCAAUACAACUUCAUCACCACGAACAUCUCUUCUCGAUGUACCUAACAAACAACAACAACAACAACAACAACGUAUUAAACGCACAGCUAUUAGUGCUGAACCGGCUCAACAUAAAAAAUCCAAAGAUUUACGUGUUGUUUUACAAGCAUUCGAUAAAACUGAUCGGACAAAAGAAUUUCUACGUGAUGCAAUAUUAAACAAUGAUUUUAUGAAAAAUCUUGAAAUGGAUCAAAUCAUGGCUAUUGUGGAUUGUAUGUACCCACUUGAACAGAAAGAUGGUAGUUUAAUCAUUAAAGAAGGUGAUGUUGGAAAUCUUGUUUAUAUUAUGGAAGAAGGAACAGUAGAAGUUAGUAAACAUAAUAAAGUAUUAACAAUUAUGGGACCGGGACGAGUAUUUGGUGAAUUAGCUAUUUUAUAUAAUUGUACUCGAACUGCAUCAAUAAAAGCUUUAUCACAUUGUAAAUUAUGGGCAGUUGAUCGUCUAACAUUUCAAGCCAUUAUGAUGAGAGCUGGAAUGCAAAAACAAACUGAACAUUUAGAACUAUUGAAAAAUAUUAAAACUUUUGAAAGUGUACGAGAAGAUAUUCUUAGUAAAAUUGCUGAUGCAGUUGAUCAAGUUAGUUAUGCUGAUGGAGAAUGUAUUGUACGACAAGGUGCCAAAGGUGAUACAUUUUAUAUUGUUGCUAAAGGACGAGUUCAGAUAACUCAAGCAAAAUCAAAAUGGGAUACAGCAGUUUAUGUUCGACAUAUGGAACGUGGUGAUUCAUUUGGAGAAACUGCACUUCAAUCGGAAGAAACUCGACCAUUUAAUGUUAUCGCUGAUGAUCCAAAUGGUGUUACAUGUCUUGUACUUGAUAGACAAAGUUAUCGUGAAAUGAUAGCAGAUGAACUAUCACGAUUGAAACGAGUUGAAUCUGUUAGAUAUGCACGUAAAAAUGGUGAAGAUGAAAGAGAUUUGAAAAAUCUUCGAUUGGCUGAUAUUGAAAUUAUUUCCACAUUAGGUGUCGGUGGUUUUGGACGUGUUGAAUUGGUAAAUGAUACAAGAAAUUCGAAAAAAUAUAGUCUUAAACAAAUGAAAAAACAACACAUUGUGGCAAUGAAACAACAAGAACAUGUUAUGAAUGAACGAAAUAUUAUGAUGGAUACUCGAUCGGAAUUUAUCGUCAGAUUAUAUAAGACGUUUAAAGAUCGAAAAUAUUUAUAUAUGUUAUUAGAAUGUUGUUUAGGUGGAGAAUUAUGGACAUUAUUACGAAAUCGAGGUUUAUUUGAAGAAUCAGAAGUUAGAUUUUAUUGUGCUUGUGUUAUUGAAGCAUUUGCCUAUUUGCAUAGCAAAGGCAUUGUCUAUCGAGAUUUAAAACCGGAAAAUCUUUUAUUAGAUGGCAAAGGUUAUUGUAAAUUGGUUGAUUUUGGUUUUGCUAAAAAAGUGGGUCUUGGACGUAAAACAUGGACAUUUUGUGGUACACCAGAAUAUGUUGCACCGGAAAUUAUCCUUAAUAAAGGUCAUGAUAUGGCCGCUGAUUGUUGGUCUCUUGGUAUUUUAAUUUUUGAACUUAUUAAUGGAAACCCGCCAUUUUCCGGUUCAGAUCCAAUGAAAACUUACAAUGUUAUUUUAAAAGGUAUUGACGCAAUAGAAUUUCCUCGAAGAGUAUCUAAAAUGGCAUCAUUAUUAAUCAAGCGAUUAUGCCGAGAAAAUCCCGUUGAACGUAUUGGUUAUCAAAAAGGUGGAAUAUCUGAUAUUCAAAAACAUAAAUGGUUUGAAGGAUUUAGUUGGGAAUGUUUAAAAAAACAAACACUAGCAGCACCUUAUAUUCCAAAAGUUGAAACUGAUGCUGAUACAUCGAAUUUUGAUUAUUUUGCUGAAGAUGACGCUCCUGAGCCUGAAGAUGAUUUAACCGGUUGGGAUAAAGAAUUUUAA